AUACUAUUGCCUUUCAAGCCUGUCGCUCAUUAAUCAACGCGCUGCACUUGCAUUGCAAAAGCCUACCAAAUACCUUUGCUGAACGUACCUGCCUACAUUACACUCUUUCAUUUGUCACUUCAUCCAUCUUUGUGUGUUCGACUUGCUGUCCAAGAGCCUGUUGACUUUUGUUACUGCGAGGCUGAGAUGAUAGAAUGAUCAUCGCUUCUUCCGUCUACCUGGAUCAUACCAUACUCAACUAUACUUGACUCCUAUUUUGCUCUGUUUGCAUACAACAUACAAACAUGGCUAGGCAUGUCUAUUGUCCUCUUGCCCAGCAUCAUCCUUUGGCCACUGCUAACACAUACUCUCUUCUCUAGUGCCACACCCACCUCGAAUACAAACACCGAUCAAGAAGCAUUCCAACACAUUGGUGCUUGGGUAACCGAUGUUCCCCAGCCCAAAACAGCGAUAUCAGACGCCAUUAGAAUCCCAGAAACAGGAAAUCCCGUAUCAUCGUUGAUAACAGAGCACAACACUGGCACUUCUCCCAUGAUGCAAACCUUCCUGAAUGACUUCACCAAUGAUCAGCCAUGGACACUGGGUACAAGAGAUCGUAACUGAUGCCAUGAGGCUGCACCUCGAUUUAUUUCGUAUUGCGUCCGAGUCGACGAGAGAAGAUAAUUUUUUAUUCUCCCUUUUUCAAUCAUUUUUACAUCUGGAAUAUUAUAAACAUAUUCCCUUUAUUCCUUUUUUCAAGGUGAUGAUUAAAAUUCCCAAGCAUUUCGAUGCGAUUUGAUCUGCAUAUGUAUUGUUAUGGUGGGCCGUUCAUCAUACUAUGGGGAAGGCUUAGCUCUGGUGCCUGAGUCAACUUAUGUCACAAGACGGGACCAAGAGUUUAUUCCUCCCAUCAAA